CCGAAAGUCAUGCCGCCAUGCUCUCACGCCAAACCUUGGUUUCUUCUGCUGUCUCGAGGGAAAAUGAAGCCCAGAGAGUCAAGGGGGGAGGGAAAAUGAGAAGCGAGGGAGAAGGGCAGCCCCCUUGCUCCCAGUCAUUCAUGUCCUCCAAUCGUUCUCUCUUGUUUUUGCUGCUUCAUGGGAGGCGUGGACCCCAAAUUGCGAAUCCACUUUCCACCGCGUCAUUUUCCAGACUGUCGGGACGGAGGGGCGGUGGACAAGGCAUGGGUGUUCCGUACAGUGCGGGUGCCGUCAUCCGCGAAACCCGCCCGAAAAUGCAGGCAAAAAAGGCAGACCAGAAGGAAGAAUGCCAGCAAGAAAGGAGACAAGGUCAUCGGAGUGGAAAUGCGCGGAAAUGCGCAUCGAGGACACUUGCUCGUGCAAGUAGCACUGCAGCGUCCGAGUCCACUGUCUUUCGGCGGCUAAAGGUCUACGGGACCCGUUGGCAGAUCGACCUGUUGUCCUAGCGAGCGGCAUCGAUGACUCGGAAUCGCAGCUCCGCCGUGACAGUGUGGGCACAUCUGGCACCAUAUCUCUCUGUAUCCUCGUGCCAUGUGCCCAGCCGUAAGUGCCAGGAGUGACCAGGUCUCUCGUAACAUGACAAAUAAAUAGCAGAAAGAUUGCGAAUGGUAAAUCCAAGAACCGGGGCCGGCCGUCUUUGACGCCCCAGAUUCCGGGUUUGAGCAGAGCAAUUGUGCUUCCUCCGCUUAGCGCAUCUGAACAGACCAUCCAU